AUGAAUAAUUACGAAUAUUUGUCAAAUACUGAAAAGGAGCUUUUAAGUAGAUGUCCGUAUUCUCUAACUCUCACGAUUGAAACGUUAACUAAACCUUCUGCGAAAAAAUAUAGUAAUGUUGAGCCACCAAGACCACCGAACUGCUGGAUUCUUUUUCUAAAAGAUUUUACAGCGAAAUUACAUCUGAAUAGUCCUGAUAUCAAACGAAAUGUUAAAGAUACAACGAAGGAGUGCAGUUUAAAAUGGAAAUCGCAACCAAGUGAUGUGAUAUAUUUUUUCAAAAUAUUAGAGAAAAUAGCUUCUAAGAAUCAUGGGCAUAUAUACCCCAAUUACAAAUAUAAGCCAAAAAAAACAAAAGGUUCAAGCUAUAAAAAAAUUAUUUUUCGGGAACAGAGAAAAUACAUAGUUACUUCGUCUGCCAAGUCUAGCUCGAUGAAUGACAAUCCAUUUCAAGGGGGAGCGGAAAGCAACACGUCACCCUCAACAACUCAAUAUAAGCCUCAAUCUGCAUCAAUUGAAAAUUUAUCUGAUGACAACGAUUUACUAGAUAAAUACUUUGAUAUUGAUAUCGAUAUAAAUAAUAACCUUAUUUUUACUUCAGGCCCGAUAAGCACAAUUCCCGAUACCAAAAAUACAGCUAGCAUCGCAACAACUCCAUUUAAUUCUUCACCACCGGAAUAUCUAACUUAUGAUUUUACAUAUAGGGUUGGAAAUUUAUCGAAUAUCAAUUGUGAUAUUUGUAAUUCGAUAAAUUUCUCCACAAACUAUAUUAAUGUACAUAGUGAAACUCGAUAA